AUGGAAGGUGUUACUGAGAUAGCGACUGGAGACGGAUCUGCGAUGGCAGAGGGAUGCGGAACUGCACGAAUUGUCGUGAGAGACCCCACGAGCGGCGCCGCUCGGUGGGCUACGAUCUCGGACGUGUGGCACGCCCCCCACUUCGCAACGAAUAUUAUCUCCGUUUCGGAGAUCAAGAAGAAUGGUUUCUUCUUUACAAGUGAGCUGCCUGGAAUCGUGACAGCUGAAGGACCAGUGGCAAUAUGCAAAGAGAUGUACGGGUUGUACCUCCUUGAGCAUGACGACACGCCACUGGGGUCCAAGUUACUGUCGGGUCCUCAGCUGUGGCAGCGGAAACCUGCGGUCUCUCCGAAUUCUUGA